ACGAAUCAUUGUAGGUGAAAUUACUGCAAGAACUCUUAUUAGAAGAUGGCGAACUACACGGCUCUGGCAGACAGAGGCAAUUCAAAUGGAAGAACCUCGAUUCUAUGAACGACAACGACGACGAAGAAAGCAAGAAAGAAGAAGACGACGCGUACCUCGACGAAGACGAGAGCGAAGAACAGUGGCGGAGGAAACGAUUCGAGAGGGAGAUGUUCUUGAAGGAGAAACAGUUGAAGUCGCAGGCGGUGGCGGAAGUUGAGGACGACGAUGAGGAUGUGUUGGAAGAGAGCCAGUUUUUGAAGAUCGGGCAUAAAGUGAUGGGGAGGUCUCAGAGUAGUUCGCAGAGUAACGUUUCUGUAGAGAAAACAGUAGGGACACUUGGCAGCCCGGAUAUCAAGAGUGCUUUUAGUUUAACGAAUAAAAGAGGAUCUUUCCUCUCCAGGAACGAUCAGGUAUUGCAGAGGCUAGCCGAAUACAACAAACAAACAACCAACAUCGCUUUGGGAACUGCCACGGCCAAAAAUUCGAGGAAUUUCUUGUUUCAAACUGUUUCAGUAAUGAAGACAACAGAAAUCGAAGUUAAAAAACGGAAAACCACGGAUGAUACCCCGAGGGCUAUCAAGAAGUUGAGGUUAUCUGAUAAUUUGAGUCCUGCAGUGAAAAAGAAACCUGAGAGACUCGGUGCUAAGGCUAAGCUAUUUGGCAAUCAUUGA